AUGCUUUUGAAUCAGUUGUAUUUCCUACAAUAUAUUAAUGGUGGUUGGUUGAGAUUUGAGAGCUGGCAAGCAAAUGUGGACCAUCUUCUUAAUGCUGUUGCUACAAAUGCCUGUAAAGGGGGACGGGUCGAGGAGGAAAGAAGUAUUUUUCUUUGUGAUGAACCUACUCCACUCUGGGCAGACUUUCAACUGGCUUCCUUACGUGCACUUUUAGCAUCUCUUCUUUCACGAGGCCGUGUUCGCUUACCAUAUUUAUCCCUUGGCAUGCAAGAAAUGGGAUCAUGCCUUGCUGAAUAUUUUAGAAAUGCCCUCCUGGCCCUAGAAGUGCUCAUACAUCCUCGGGUCCUUCCAUUGGUAGAUUUCUCUUCCACAGGUCUGAGCUGCAAGGUUCCAAGAAACGUUCAGACCAGUAUACUUGAAAAAGUUGUAAGAGAUCAUUCGUCAGUAAAUCUUUUUGAUAAAAAUGAAUCGGGGGCAUUUGGAUCUGGUGCCAGAAUUGUAGUUGAUAAAAUCAAUGUUAUGGUUGAAUUACAAGAAACGAAUCGUCUUGGUGGUGACAAAUCGGGAGGACAUGUGCCCAGUACAGUGGCUGACUAUCCUUGUGGUCAUACGAGUAGGGCAGUUUCCAAAAGUGAUGUAUUAGAUCCAAUUGAUAUUGAGAUGGCUCCGGUUUGUAUAGAUACUGCAAUGGAAUGUGGUACUGUAAUCAUUACAAUACAUGAAAAUGUCGAAAAGAAUGUAUUGGGAAGCAAAGAUGGUGGAUUCAAUACUAUAUCCAAUUAUGAGAAAAGCAAAGUAUUUACAAGUGAAUUUGAUAAUGAAUCGUCAUUGUAUUCAAUUCUUGAUAUCAUUUACGGUGAUCCAGAUUCAGAAUAA